AUGCGGAGCGGCCCUCGGCAGCACGGUCCUAGGCGGAUGAGGAACAUUGGUGCCCCCAGACUAGGAGAUGUCUGUCCUUUCCUGGAGUUGCCCGCUGAAGUCCGCAACCGUAUUUACGAGUAUGCCCUGGGCGGACACAAUCUGCACAUGUUCGCUCUGGACUAUCAGAACUCUUACUCAAGGCCAGACUGGUCGGUCACUCCGUACACCUACACUUACACCGACGGCGAACGGCAGACCCGAGAGUGGUUCUACUUUCAGUACUCCAUUUGCAAGUGCCCUGAAAGCGAUGCCGAGACGUAWGAAAACUCGGUGACGUGCUACGAGAAUAUCACGAAAUACUUCACAUCAGAUGCCAGCCCAAGAGCGCCGCUGAAGUGUGACGAGACCGCGCACUACCUCAACAGGCAUGCGAAUUGUCUGAAUGUAAGCCAAUGGUUCCAUCGCAAGACUCCCUUUCGCGAACGACCCACGAGGCUAGGCAUGGGUCUGCUGCGGACGUGUAAGCAAGUUCACGACGAAGCUUGCCUCGUACCCUACUAUGACGACACCUUUUCGUUCGCUUCUGGAAAGGAUAUCGAUGUGUUCGUGAAUGCUGUCCUGCAGCCCAAGCAGCGCGAGGCAUUGCAACAUCUGCACUAUACUGUGGACAACCGCCCUUUUCUGGCUGGAUCAAACCGAGGCUUCUCGCUCGGCAUCAAACCGAGAAUGGUGCCCAAAUACGAUGACUAUCGAAUCCUGUGUGGGCUUCACCAAAGCACCAUCGAUAUGCUGGUCGGCUUGCAAUCGCUCGACAUUUCCUUCGAGGACAACAAUUACUCCUGCUGCUUCAAUGAACAUUCGCCGCGCUUUCCCAAAGGGGAUCUAACCAUUCGCGCCGUGAUCAGAAACCGGUACCCUUAUUCCGAGACCAGUCGAAAGACUGCUAUGAAGCUGGAAUUUGGACUCUCGAGAUCUGUCGCCGAUGUUAAAGAUCAGAGCGAUGCAUUCAAGCAGCUUGCUGCUAUUCAUGGGGGGGGGACUUCUAWUCACAUCGCGUUCCAAGCGAUCUCGACACUUGCGCCUCGGCUGCGGAGACGUGACGGCUCUAAAUGGUUAGAUCAGUUGGAAAAUCAAUAUGGAUGA